AUGGCGGAGGAACCGAUCGUGCCGGUGUACUGCACCGGCGUUUCGGCGCAGGUGCAACGGCAACGGGCGAAGGCGUUGGGGGUGGGUCGGCACGAGAACGCGGUGCGGUACCUGGGGCAGGACUACGCUCCCGCUUCCCUCGGCUUCCGCGAGCUCGGCCCCGGCACCGCCAAAACCCACGGCGUCCAAUGGAAGAGGCCAACGGAGCUGUGUCAGCGCCCGCAGUUCAUCGUGGACGGGGCCACGCGCACCGACAUCUGCCAGGGAGCGCUGGGUGACUGCUGGCUGCUGGCGGCCAUCGCCUCCCUCACGCUCAACGAAACCAUCCUUCACCGCGUGGUGCCGCACGGGCAGAGCUUCCAGCACGGCUACGCCGGCAUCUUCCACUUCCAGAUUUGGCAAUUCGGCGUGAAAGACGGCAAGCUGCUCUUCGUCCACUCCGCCGAGGGCUCCGAGUUCUGGAGCGCCUUGUUGGAGAAAGCCUACGCCAAGGUGAACGGCUGCUACGAGGCGCUGGCGGGGGGNNGCACCUCGGUGGGUUUCGAGUACUUCACCGGCGGCGUAACGGAGUGGUACGACCUGCGCAAGCCCCCCGGGGAUCUCUACCAGAUCAUCCUCAAGGCGCUGGAGCGCGGUUCCCUGCUCGGCUGCUCCAUCGACAUCAACUACCGCGGGCAAUCCCUGGGCCUGAUCCGUAUGCGCAAUCCCUGGGGAGAAGUGGAGUGGACGGGACCCUGGAGCGACAG